CCGCGAUCCGCUACGCGACGCACGAUUCACACCGGUGGAGCCGAAGAUGGUAGCGGUGCACGCCUCUGCGCACUCCGUGGCCUCCUCAGAGUGGAUCAUCUGCCUGGACAAGAGGCCAGCAGAACGCUCGGGAGAAGAUGUGGAUAUCAUUCUGGCUCGGCUGAGGGGUGUGAAGGCCUUUGAGAAGUUUCACCCAAACCUGCUGCAGCAGAUCUGCAUGUGUGGCUUCUAUGAGUGUCUGGAGAAGGGCAUCACCUUGUAUCGGCAGGGUGACAUCGGGACCAGCUGGUACGCGGUUCUGUCUGGAUCUCUGGAUGUGAAAGUGUCUGAGACAGCCAACCAUCAGGAUGCUGUAACGAUCUGUACUCUGGGAGUGGGGACAGCAUUCGGGGAGUCAAUUCUGGAUAACACUCCUCGACAUGCCACGAUUGUCAGCCGAGAGAACAGUGAACUUCUGCGCAUUGAACAGAGGGAGUUCAAAACCCUGUGGGAGAAAUACAGGCAGUGCAUGGCAGGGCUUCUCGCCCCGCCGUAUGGAGUGAUGGACAGCGGGGCUACAAAUGAUAGAAUGCCGGACAAAGAGAAUCUCAACAGCGACCCUCUCAAUUUUAUGUCAAAAAAUCUGUAUAAGGUCCCGUCAGAGCAGAUUCUGAGGGCAGAAAAAGUCUUACGUAAUGCUGUACUGGCCAGAGCUCCCCACAUGAUCAGAGAUAGAAAAUAUCAUCUGAAAACCUACAGGCAGUGUUGUGUGGGCACUGAGCUGGUCGACUGGCUGCUUCAGCAGAGCUCGUGUGUUCACAGUCGGGCUCACGCUGUGGGAAUGUGGCAGGUGCUGCUGGAGGAAGGGGUCCUGAAUCACGUCGACCACGAGCUGAACUUUCAAGAUAAGUACCUCUUUUACCGCUUCCUUGAUGACGAGGAGGAGGAUGCGGUGUUGCCUAGCGACGAUGAGAAACGUGAAGCUGAGGAAGAGCUGCAGGAGACCCUCCUCUUCCUCUCCCAGAUCGGCCCUGACGCGCACAUGCGAAUGAUCCUCAGGAAACCGCCAGGUCAAAGAACAGCUGAAGACCUGGAGAUUAUCUAUGAUGAGCUGCUGCAUAUCAAAGCUCUCUCUCAUCUGUCUAACACUGUGAAGCGAGAGCUCGCCGGUGUCCUCAUCUUUGAGUCACAUGCCAAAGCAGGCACUGUCUUGUUUAAUCAAGGAGAGGAAGGCACUUCUUGGUAUAUUAUCCAGAAGGGAUCAGUAAAUGUUGUUAUCUAUGGCAAGGUAAUGUCAUAUCCAGCUCUGGAUGAUUUUGCUCUCAUGCACUGCGUCUUCAUGCCCAACAGCCAGCUGUGCCCUGCCCUUCUGGCCCACUAUCACUCUCAGGCCUCUCAGGGCUCAGAGCAGGAGCGUCUAGACUACUCUGUUGCCAGCAAGAGACGGGUGCUCAGCUUGGCUCUGCGCUGGGCUGCCCUGCAGGGCCACCAUCUGCUGGAGGAUGACACUGCGCUGAGCUUUCUGGAGGAGCUGCAUGGGUUUGUAUCUAAUGAUGCAAGAGUUUUGCGUCCACUGAAGGAGCUACUUCCUGAGCUGGAGAGGAUCAUCAAGCAGUAUCCAGAUGAUGCACGAACCUCUCAAAAAAAGCAUAAAGUCCUCCUGCGACAGUUCAGCUCUGGAGAGGAGAGGCUUGCAAAAAAGCAGCCAAUAAGGAGCUUUGAUGACAUUCUCCUAAAGGUGUACUGCAGCGAUCACACUUACACCACUAUUCGUGUUCCUGUGCUGGCCACGGGGAGAGAGGUGACCGCAGCUGUAGCCGAUAAACUGGGAUCCACUGAAGAGCUGCUUUUGAUAAACCUCAGCGCAUCUGGAGAGAAGCAGAUUUUAAAGCCCAAUGAUGUAUCGGUGUUCCAGUCGCUAGGAGAGAACGGCCGAUUGUUUGCCUGCUCCAGAGAACAGCUUGAUUCACUUAAUCCUCUUCCAGAGCAGGAAGGUCCCUCUACAGGCUCUAUGUCCAGUUUUGAGCUGAUGAGCUCUAAAGACCUGGCCUUCCAGAUGACUCAAUAUGACUGGGAGCUUUUCAGCUGUGUACAUGAGUAUGAGCUGGUGUUUCAUACGUUCGGACGGCAGGCAUACAGACGCUCUACAGCAAAUCUGGAGCUGUUUCUGAAGCGCUUUAAUCAGGUGCAGCUGUGGGUGGUCACAGAGGUCUGUCUGUGCGGGACGCUCAGCAAACGGGUACAGCUACUCAAGAAGUUCAUCAAGAUUGCCGCCCACUGUAGAGAGUUUAAGAAUCUGAACUCUUUCUUUGCCAUUAUUAUGGGCAUGUGCAACCCAGCCGUCAGCAGACUCAGCCAGACAUGGGAGAAACUGCCUAGUAAAUUCAAGAAGUUCUACGGAGAGUUUGAGAGUUUACUAGAUCCAUCCAGGAAUCACCGUGCAUAUCGCCUCACUAUGGCUAAGAUGGAGCCGCCAAUCAUUCCCUUCAUGCCUCUCCUUAUUAAAGACAUGACAUUCACUCACGAGGGGAAUAAGACUUUUAUUGAUGGACUGGUGAACUUUGAGAAGAUGCGGCUGAUUGCUAACACAGUCCGGGCAAUGAGGCACUGCAGGAGCCAGCCGUUCUAUGCUGAGGUGUCUCCAGCUAGCAAGAACCCACAGGAAGUGAGGAAUUACGUACGUCAAUUGAAUGUGAUUGACAACCAGAGAACCUUAUCUCAGCUGUCCUUCAGACUGGAGCCGAGACGGGGCUAAAGACCAAUGCUCAGACCUUUUCUCUUGCUUUCCCUCCCUCUCUCUCUCUUUGAAAUACAACCACUGUAUAUCCAGUUUACAAAAGUAAAACUCAAUUUUACGUCGAUCAGCUGCUAGAGCAGUUGAAUGCCGACUGUAUGUGCUAUCACUGCCAACUGAACUACGUGUACAAGAUGCAUUCUCAUACGAAUGAUUGUUUGUGCGCGUGUGCAAGUU